GUAGUGACGCCUCUUGCGCUGAGAUGUAGUGCCUUAGACCGCUGCGCCACUCUGGGAGCCCCAUAACAGAGAUGGUAACAACACAGUAAAUGUGCAAGAGGGACAACUAGUUGCUAAAGCUAGCGCUUUGAUUGGAGCGUUUCGCUUCCGCAGCUGCGCAGACACGAGGGACCUGGCUGGAGCUGUCAUCUGGAAAGGGAGGAGAGGAACAGAAGAGAAUAACGAAAUAAACGCAGCGAGGACGCGAACACUCAAGAAAGAGUCUGAAGCUGUCUUCCUGGUGAAGCCAUAUGAUUGGCUGAAGCAUCACUCCUCUGUCUGUGAUUGGUCAUCGAGUGUAGACGCUGUGAUUGGCUGAGAAGUCCAAACAUGGACCCACACUAUCCUGGGGUGACCAACAAUCCUUAGCUCUACGGAGGCCCGCUUCUUCGGUGAGGAUGUCAAUAGACGUGGCCAAUAGGAACGGCCCUGCCCUGACUCCUCCCGCCUCACUCAGCCUUCGCUCCUCCCACAAUCGUGAUGUCAGUGGCGGUGAUGUCACCAGGCUAGGUUGGGCCACGUUUCCUAAGUGUCGAAAGAAGUAUUGUCUGACCAGCAUCCAGAAUGCAAUGGGGCUGAGUGACGUAACUCUUCCUCCGUCGUCGUUGACUCCCAACAAUCCCGAACUGGCCAAGAACGGGCUGAACGCCCGGCGCAAAGCAGCCGAACCACAUGGACAUGACCACAACAAGAACACAACCCCUGACCCCGACUCAACCACAGCCGAACCACAUGGACAACAUGACCACAACAAGAACACGACCCCUGACCCCGACUCAACCACAGAGGAACCACAUGGACAACAUGACCACAACAAGAACACGACCCCUGACCCCGACUCAACCACAGAGGACUGCAAUACAACUGUCAAUGAGGACAGCCUCACCAAGAUGAACUUCGACCCCGACACCAAGACACACCUGGACCUGAAAACUAACGUGAACUCAGACCUGGAAAGCAUCACGAACGUGACAGACGACGGGGAUGACAUCAGCAUCCUGUCUGAGAAGGAAGUGGAGAUGAAAAUAGAGGAGGAAGAGAGGAGUAGUAUAGAUGAAGAAGAGCAGGGGGAGGAGGAGGAGAGGAGGAUAGAGGAUGAGAGGAUAGAG